AUGAGCUGGUUCUCAAAAUUGACCUGGCUGGUCACUCUAGCCACAUUUGUGGUGAACGUGUACAUAUAUACCUAUCCAAGUCUUAACGCGGAUCAAUGCUCUUGGCAUUACACUUAUGAGGACGAACCAAGUGGUCUUGGUAAACGCGUCUUAGAUAUACCAUACGUUGGAGAUCUUUACAAGAGAUACUUUGUGGAAGAGCUGGACGCCAACAAGCCCGAUCCAAGAGAUAUUAGGAUCAUGUCCUUUGGAGAUCCGCAGAUCAAUGGCAAUUGGCCUUCUACACCUUAUAUCAAACGUCUUGAUAACUUUGGAAACGAUCAUUACCUUGGCCACAUCUACAGAGUUAUGAAAGGAAGAUUGAAUCCUACACAUGUUGUUGGUCUGGGUGAUUUGUUUUCGUCGCAAUGGAUUGCUGAUUCAGAAUUCUAUAACAGAACAAGAAGAUACAUGACCAGACUGUUCCCUAGACCAGCUGAACAAACCUUUUUGGAAUUGGAUUUCAUUGCUGAGCAUAAGGACAUAGAUUGGGUCACACAUAUGAACUGGUUCCAGAAAAGCUUGGAAGAGGGCUUGUUCAGAAACCCGGAUUUUUACCAUUAUGAAAACAUUCGUGAUUGGACCAGUGCUAACCUCACCGAUGAGCCUCUGAUGGUGAAUGUCUCGGGAAAUCACGAUAUCGGAUACGGUGAUACAACAUACCAACAUAUGGCCAGAUGGAGGAAGUUGUUUGGAAAGGAUAACUUUUGGAUUGAAUAUGACAAUGACACAGAUCAUCCAUGGAGAAUUGUGGUUUUGAACUCUCUUGCGGUCGACGGACCUUUGCUGCAACCCGAGUUCAAAGACUACACAUGGCAGUUCAUUGAAACGUUGGACCAGAAAGAGUACCAUGGAUCGACCAUUUUGCUUACGCACAUCCCAAUGUACAAGCCCGCUGGAUUGUGCGUGGACGGACCAUUGGUUGAACUCUUCAAUGAGAAGAAUUGCCAUCCUGGCGGUGAAUACCGGAUUGGAUUGCUCAAGUCGGAAAAUCACUUACAGCACGAGACUUCUCAAAGAAUUAUGAACGCAGCAUUCAAAGGCAACUACUCUGGGAUCAUCGUCACGGGACACGACCACGAAGGGUGCGAGAACUACUACAACUUCAACUUCGACUCGGGCAUUUGGGAGGCCUCCAAGUCGAUCGACUCUCCCAAAUAUAUCAAGGAAGCUACCGUGAGAUCCAUGAUGGGUGAUUUUGGUGGUAACACGGGACUCAUUACAGGACAUUUCAACAAUGAUUCGAAAAGCUGGGAGUUUGAGUACCGGUUGUGUCCGUUCAUUGUCCAACAUGUUUGGUGGGUUGCACAAGCGGGUAUUAUACUGACAGUUCUUUUACAAUCGGUCAACUUUCUGCAUUAG